GGCGAUGACGUCACCGGGGGCUGUCUCCUGUAACAGGACCGUGGAAGUGAUCGCACCGCACAGUCGCCAGUGCGCAUCUCAGGACUCAGCAACUUUCCUCUGACCACACCAAACACUCUCGGAGUCACGCAGGGGGACACUUUACCAACAUGGGUUGCUUCGAGUGCUGCAUCAAAUGUCUCGGCGGCGUGCCGUACGCCUCGCUGGUGGCCACCAUCUUGUGCUUCUGCGGCGUGGCCCUCUUCUGCGGCUGUGGUCACGUGGCGCUCACGGGCACCGUCUCCAUCCUGGAGAGUCACUUCUCCAAAGUGGCCAGCGAUCACGCCAUGCUGACCGACGUAAUCCAGCUGAUGCAAUAUGUCAUCUACGGCAUCGCCUCCUUCUUCUUCCUGUACGGCAUCAUCCUGCUGGCCGAGGGCUUCUACACCACCAGCGCUGUCAAGGAGCUGCACAGCGAGUUCAAGACCACCAUCUGUGGACGCUGCAUCAGUGGAAUGUUUGUGUUCCUCACUUACAUUCUGGGCGUGGCCUGGCUGGGCGUGUUCGGCUUCUCCGCCGUGCCCGUCUUCCUCUUCUACAACAUGUGGUCCACCUGCGCCACCAUGAAGUUGCCCACCGCCAACCUCACUGACAUCGACUCCAUCUGCGUGGACGUGCGUCAGUACGGAAUCAUCCCGUGGAACGCCACGCCAGGAAAGGCCUGCGGAUCGACGCUCGGCGACAUCUGCAACACCAGCGAGUUCUACCUGUCUUAUCACUUGUACAUCGUAGCCUGCGCUGGAGCCGGAGCUACAGUCAUCGCUCUGAUCCACUUCCUCAUGAUUCUCUCAGCAAACUGGGCCUACCUUAAGGACGCCAGUCAAAUGCAUGCCUACCAAGACAUCAAAAUGAAAGAGGAGCAAGAGCUGCAGGACAUCACGUCACACUCCAAGGAAUGCCUUAAUUCCUACACAUGAGGGCGUGAUGAGACAGACACACACACACACACACACACACACACACACACACACACACACACACACACACACACACACACACACACACACACACACAGUAAACACGCAAAGGGCACAAAAGGCUGCGCUCCAAUAACCACCUGUGCCGUACUAACAGACUAACGCCACACGCCGCUUCUGCUUUAACUCACCUUGCAGUAUUUCGGGAUUCUUUCACACAUUUUCUACUGUCAUUUUCUUUUUUUUUUGUACAACAAUCCAUCAAAUGAAACUGUGCUGUGAAUUGACAAGUAAAAAAAAACCAUGAAGACAGUUAAAUAUGUGCUCUUGUAUGCAAACAAUUCAACUUCAUGGCCUACAUGAACUCUACCUCAGGGGUCUGCUGCAGCCCGAUGAUCAUGGAAGCGUCGAGAAUGUUCGACUAUACAACAUUAGGUACACCCGCAUACCAUAGGUUACUACUGUACAGUGGGCAUACACGAAUACUGUACAUGACCAUCUAAAUGUCCUUUUUAGGCCAUGACUGUAACAUGCUGGCUAGAAAAUAGGCUGCAGCAAAUGAAAAAUUCAUGAAAUAGAAAAUAAUUUGAUCUCCCUAGGCUAUUAUGACACCUGAAGUGUGCUUUGAAGAUAUGUCCUUUUUUAAAGGGUUUUCAUGUUUUUUCUAUAGUUGCAUCUGUUUUUGAUGUGUUAACUGUGGUGUAAUCUCAUAUUCAUCUUCCUCGUUCCGUUAACUUGGUGUGCGUUUGUUGCAUGAGUACAAACGGUUUAUGCAGUAAUAUUUGAUACAAUACAGUCAUGUAUGCUCACUUUAGUAGUAGCCACUGUGUCUAUUUUUAAAUACAACUGCCAGCUCAGUAGAUAUCCAAUAGUAUAUCCAUCUUGUUAGUACACAUGUAUUUUCUGUGGGCGUUAAGGACUCCUGCACUAACGUAUCAGCUGGCAUUAAUUGUCAAAGUUUAAGUGCAGAAAAUCGACUUUGAAUCAACCAAAAACAUCAAAUAAAACUACCUACCAAUCAAUCAAAAGAACAAACAAAACAUCCUGCUGAACUGGAGAGAAAAAAAAUCUCCUCUUUGGUUUUACACAACUUUCUAUGAAAAAUAAAGUACUGAAAAACUACGUUGCCUUAUUUUCUCAUCUGAUGCUAAAACUCAUUCAUCACAAAACAAUCGUGUAUGUCCUUUAUUCAUCCACACAAUAGAAAAACAUAAAUGUCACCAGUGUUUGGGAACCAGUUCACCAGAAAUCAUCAUCGGCGUCUUCAUCCUUGUGCGAAUACGCCGCAAUGCUGUGGAAACAGAGACGUGCUCGUUAGAUUAGUUAAGAGUAGGAACAAAAUAAUACAAUCAUAAAGAGGACGUACGGUGGCCUAAAGUGAGUAUUGUAUUAGUGGUGUGCCACAAACAAUUGGACCGCCACAAAUCACUCAAACACAUUAUGAUGGGACUGUAUGUGAAUGUAGCUUCAGUUACACCUCUGAAUAGCAGAUGGCAUCGUAACGCUGCUUCUAAACAAACCUCAUACGCACAGAUCUGACAGAGAAUAAGAAGACGUAGCAGGAGGGACUAGUGUUGAUAACUUAGCGAUAUAAUAUAUUUAGCGAGUAUUCGGCCGCCUUGAGUUUGUUGGUUUUUUAAAAUAGUGACAGAUCUAGUGACUUUUUCGUGUCUUACUGGACACUGGAUUAUAACCUAACAUGAGAGCAUGCAUUGCUCUUCUCAAUAAGUAGUGCACUGCCUCGCCUGUGUGGAUAAAAAAAAAACACAAGAACAACUUCUAACAUAUUAAUGCAUGCGAUUAAUCACACAAAAUUGAUAGCACAAUUCAUGUGUGAGUGCAGAUUAAGCACAACGUUUAGUUUAAUUAUACAUGCUACUUUACCCUAACUGUGGAUGGUUACCUGACAGGCGGCAUGGGUUGUUAGUUACAGUUAUGCGGUCAGUAAUCAGGACAAUGCAUACGUCAGUGCAAAGAUAACUCUUCUGCAAUGUUGGCAAAUUUUAGUUCAAAAUACACCCAAAUGGGACUUUAGAUAAAAACUGUAUCAAGUUUUGAAAAGUGAAAGAUUUUUAAAACAUCUCUGGUGUGAUAUUUUGACAAUAAAAUUGCAUUUGUGUCAAAAUAUUUAGUUACUUUAAAUGACGCAAGCAAGUAAUUAACCCCCAUUAAUAGCGAUUCAUCACAAUUAAAAAAAUAAUAGUUUGACAGGACUAAUUUUUAAACACAUUUGUUCUGCUUUACAUUUUUUUUGCUCACUUUUCUGUAGCAUCCAUACAAAUUACAAGCACAAGCAUCACCGCUAUUUAUGUAAAUGAGAUGAUUACAUCACACGAGUCACUUCACGCAACAUUUUUUGAACAGUCUUGUUGUAAAACUAAGUUUUAUAAAUACAAUAAUAUUUUUGAUGCAUACAACUGAAUUUAUAUGUGUUUAAGCAUAUUAAACUCAAAAUAGGCAUUUUCAGGCAAUUUUUGUGGUUUUUCACCGUUAGCCUGUGGUUGCUAUUUCAGUUGCUAUUAAAAACUUCAAGAAACAAGUAUAAUUUUGUCUUU